CAGGAGUCUUGAAAAGAAAAUAUGAUUGCAUUGCAUUGCAUCUGAUUAGAUUUCCCCACAAAUAAUCAUAUUUGGAUUUGUCUGUUUCCUCCAUUAAAAUUUCCUUUUCCUAUUUUAAAAGAAAAAAGUGGUAUCUAUUCUAUAUCUCAUGUAAAGGUACAUGCUCACUCUAGUGUUUCCAGAAAAAACCUCUUCUUUUUUAGGAAGUGCCACUAGUUUACUUAAUUAUGCCCUAAAAGAUGAGCAUUUGUUUCCCAGGUGGAAAUUAAUUAAGAUUCUUUCCCCUAAAAGAUCAAGAUUUGUGACUCUGAAGAAGAUGCAUUAAUUAUACAGAUUAAUUCAUCUUGAAGAAAGGUCAUAUUUUUCAACUUUUCAUCUAUGAUUAGAUGAAUAUUUAGUUGAAAAGUUUAAAUUUUUUGUGUUUUUAAAUUUUCUUCUAAAUAUGUUUAGUUCUUCAAACCCUUUUACUUCAUCCAUCCAUGGCCUCCCUCCUUCUUCUAAUAUUUUUCUCGGUCAAGAAAAAGAUGGUGUUUACUUCAACCCAUUUUUCACUGGAGAAUAUUGUUCUUUUGAUCCUCCUAUUAAAGAAUCAGAGUUACAAAACUGUGAAAAUAAUAACAAUAAUGAUAACAACAACAACAAUAAUAAUAAUCAUCUGAAGCUUUCAGAUUCAGUGAUUUCUCCCUCUAGAAAGAGAGUUGCAGCUUCAAAGAAAGAUAGGCAUAGUAAGAUCUUCACAGCUCAAGGUCCAAGAGAUCGGAGGGUAAGAUUGUCCAUUGACAUUUCAAAAAAGUUUUUUGGUCUGCAAGAUUUGCUAGGGUUUGACAAAGCAAGCAAAACCCUUGAUUGGCUGUUCACAAGAUCCAAGGCUGCCAUCAAAGAUUUGGUUGAAGAAAUGAAGCACACUUCAUCUUCAACUCUUUCAGACCAAUGUGAAGAAGUGUUCAUGGAGAAAGGAUCAGACUAUCUUCACAAGAACGGAAGAAAGAAGAAGCCAGCGGCUAAAUGCAUCAAAAGGAAGAAGAAAACAGCACAAGAACACAAAUCUGGAAUUCAUUUGAAUCUUGCAGCUAGAAGCCAGUUAAGGGCAGAGGCAAGAGCAAGAGCUAGAGAAAGAACACUGGAAAAAUUGAGGAUGAAGAAGCUCAAUAAUGAUGUGAAGAAUGUUGUUGGCGAUAGUGAUUACUGCUUUCUUCAAACAACCCAAAUUCAAUCCCAAAGUAAUCAUGAAGUCAAAAUUGGGGAAGCUUUGACCCAAGGAAAGCUUCCAAAGCCAUACUCUUUGCUGUAUAAUUCCCAACACAACUAUGUUUACUCAAAAGGUUCAAGAUCCCAUUUCAAGAACUGUGCUCAUUAAAUAUACAGCUUCACUCCUUGUCCUUGAACUAGAUCUUCAAGAGGGAUUAAAUCAUAUAUUUUAAUAUGUUCUUGACUAGCCAGCAGCCAGAUCCAGUGAUCAGUUCAACAUAUUUUGUCGAUGCUGGUGCGACUUAUUCUGUAAGGAUGUAAGUCCAUAAUUCUUGUUGUGAAUUUAGUUAAUUAAUCAAAUUAAUUAAUAUAAAGUGUAUGCCUUUGAGUGUUUGUAAUGAUGUAUGAAAUCGAUCUACAUAUGUAUAAUGUA